GGUCCCGACCUUGAACAAACGCUCCUUCGUCCUCGGUUAUUUCAACUUGUAUAACGGCUGAACUGGCUGGCAACCGAAGCUUUUUUCGCAGUUCAUGAUAGCUGCGCGAAGAUUGAUGAGCUAUUUCACUGUUCAACAUUCCCAGGGCAGCUCUACCAGCGAUAUUUCCUCCACUCCAAGCAAUGCACCGUCCUUGAAGCCAAGCAAUAGUCGUAGAAGGCUCGUCAAGAGGCGACCUAGUGGUCCUAUCGAACUCUUUCCCUUUCCGACCGUUGAGGAUAACUCACCGUCCCAUGUCGUCCUUAUCACUGGAACUCCCUCGUCUUCCUUGCCAGACGGAACCAGUGCAGCAGCCAGUGCAUCCGUCAGGGAAAAGAAACCGUCCAAGACCUCUGUCUGGAAAAAGGCCCUUCCCUUCUACGGCACCUCCAAACGUUUCGAGCUGCCAAUUCAAGAGCCUCCACCUUCGGAGGUCAGCCAGACUCCGCUGGAACAUCUCAACGCAGUGGUGGACAUAUCCCCGCAACAACCAUCCCUGAGUCGUCGUUCACUCCAUAGCACCAUUGAACGGCCUUCUACUGCGCCUAGUGCUUGGCGUGCCCCCAGUGGGGACGCUGGAGCUGGGGUAAUGCAGCCAACUCUCAAGAGUACGAUCAGCAACCCACGGCCUCCGAUAAGUCGCUCCAGGUCGUAUGAAGCUCUUCCAGAAGCAGCACGUGGACCAGAUCGAGUCCCACUCAUCUUCUCUCGAACAGCUGGAACGCAAGGACUCAGUCAGCCAUCUGUCAAAGCACUGAACGAAUUCUCCACCCUUGAUAGUUUCCCCAUGCCACCCACCAGCAUUGUAAAAUUUCCCGUCCACCCUUCAAAAACCGUGCCCGCACUUCAACGGCCGCAUACUGCACCGUUGAAUCAUACUAGCGUGACGACAAACAAGAAUCCUAUGGUCGAAAAACCUCACCAGUGUCCGAGACCUCUAAAGAGCUCGCUGAAGAGGUCCCCGGACGCGCCUCCCGGCUCUUCGGCCGGAAGAGCUUCCCCAAUAGAUCAUGGCUUUGUGAACGCUACGCUUGUGAAGAAUAAUAAUGAAUCGAGUACUGUACAGAAUGUUCCUUCUGAGCUGAGAGAUGUGAAUCGCCCCUCCCUGUUAAGCCGUUCUAGAUCGGAUUCCUUGACUUCGCCUCCUGGACUGGGGCGCCCUCCUCACUCCAUUGGGCGCAGACCCACAAUGCCGAAUAUCAGAAUAUCUGGCCAAGACACAUCACUGAAUCCAUCCCCCCCAGGGGACGCGGUGCCUCCCAAACAGACUCGGGACUUUCAUCGUUCCAACUCCCCUUCGCCAUCAAUGUUACUCGAAAACCUCCAACUACCUUCCACAUCAUCUCGCCGCGAAGGGGUGUGUAUAGACCUUUAUCUACCACUGAAGAAAACGAGUUCGGACACCGACUUACCGCACCUACCCGCGACAUCUAAUCCUACAUCACUAAAUUAUGGGCUUCAAAUCUCCGAUGGGAAAGCGGCCAAGUCAUCUAAAACUACCAUUCCUUCCAAAAUCACACCCCCAAUCACUGGGCCUCCUACUCUGACAAAGACAAGAGAAAAAUUGGAUACUGACUCCUCGCGAUCGCGCGCGACGUCUAACCCGAAUCAUGAGUUUCAAAUCUCGGACAGAAAGGUGAACCGGUCACCUAAAACGACCCCCUCUUCAGUUAUCACACCCUUACCCACAACCCCUACUGCCGCACUAUCUGCAUCUCUUCCUUACAAGCCGGAUGGACACCUUCCCCAACUUCACGCCAAGAAAUCGGGUCGGCGUCGCCCCCUCCCUUCUCGAGUGACCUCACCGCCAGUGUCAGACGAAUUUGAAUACGACACAAGGGAACUGGAAUCGGUCACUGGUGGUACCCAGGUACCAACCCGGAAAACGUCAUUUGUCGGAAUGCGGAGUAUCGUGGAUGGGGCUAUCCCCAACGCUAGCACUGGGUCUACUUUACCGUUAACGGCUACACUGGGCACAGGUGGAGGAAAAGCCUCGGACUUGAGGAAAAUGUUAACCGCCCAGCGAUCAAAAGCUCUCACUUCAUAGAUUAUAUUUGUUGUUUUACUUUGUGUGGAAGUUUUUGUAGCACCACUGGUAUAUUUUUUUUGGUAGUUUUGGAAGAGAGAAACAAAAUUGUAAUUUAGUGUUUUUAAUAAAACAAUGGUUUUUUUUCCUUGCGGGUGAGCUGAGCUGGGUGGGAUGACGACUGCGACCA